AUGGCGGGCCGAAGCACGCAAGCGAUGUACGAUCGCCACAUUACCAUCUUUUCUCCAGAUGGCAAUCUUUAUCAAGUUGAGUACGCGAUGAAAGCUGUCCGCAACUGCAGCUUGACCUGCGUUGCCGUGAAGGGCGACGACAGCGCCUGCGUCGUCGUGCAGAGGAAAGUGGCGGCGCAGCAGCUGAGCCAAGAUAAGCACUUGGAUAGCUCCUUCGUCUCCUCCCUGUAUACCCUCUCCCCGACGAUCGGCAGCUGCCUCGUCGGAGUCUUUCCUGACUGCCGCAGCAUCGCCUUCCGCGCGCGGCAAGAAGCAGGCGAGUUCGCGUACAAGAACGGCUACGACAUGCCGGUCUACGCGUUGGCGAAGCGCGUUGCGGACAUCAACCAGGUCUACACGCAGUUCGCGUACAUGCGCCUGCAUGCAUGCACGGGAAUCAUGAUUUCGUACGACGAGGAGGCCGGUCCGUCGAUCUACAAAUUCGAUCCUGCAGGUUUCUUCGCAGGCUACAAGGCAUGCGCAGCUGGCACCAAGGAACAGGAGGCGACGAAUAUCUUGGAGAAGAUGGUUAAGAAGCGCCCGCGGACGACCGCGAAAGAGGUGAUUGAGACCGCGAUCUCUGCGAUGCAGCAAGUUCUCGCGAUGGACUUCAAGGCUUCAGACGUCGAAGUCGGAGUCGUCACCAAAGAAUAUCCCGCAUUCAGGAUCCUAUCGGAGCAGGAAGUAGAAGAUCACCUGACGUCGAUCGCGGAGAGAGAGUAG